AUGGCGAAAAAAUCACUAUCUGACGAGAUAUCCAGUCUCUUUACUCGCAAGAGCGACUAUGACAUUGAAGAUUUGGACUCGGGCAGACAGGACCGGGACAUUUUCCAGCAUCAGGAGGGCGAACAAGAUGACGAGUCUGAAACUUUGGAGUCCGAUGAGGAGUCGAAAAAACAGCAUUAUGUCUCGUCUUCAAAGUCUAAAUUGCGGACCCGGGAAGGGGUGAGUCUAGGUAAAAGAUAUACGGGAGACGUUGUAUCGAGAAAAGACUUGUAUGACCAGCCAGGUGCAGAGGAAGACAAAGACGAUGGCGAGGACGAGGAGGAUGAAAACGAGAACGAGGAGUUGGAGCCACAAGAGUUUUCUGACGCCCCUGACGGAACCAGUGAGUCCCCACUGGAACCAGAAGACGAUGAUGAAGAGGCAGGCUAUAGCGCAGGGGAGCUGCCGAACCAAUCCAGUGCCUCACAUCACAAGAAAACGCUCAUCAAACAGCUAAUGGAAAAAGAACGCUCCCACAUUGUCAAGAGAUUAUCCCAAUCGGCAAUCGACGACUCAUUAAAAGGGUACGCCGUCCAAAAACAACACAAGACAUAUGACAAAAUCGUCGAUAUUAGAAUCAAGUUUCAGAAAUCGGUCAAUGCUGCUAACAAGUUGCCCUACAACGCAAACUCGUACCAAGACCACAAGUCAGAUGCAUCUGACGAAUUGGUCCAAGAUGCAAAGUCGCAAUUGUAUAACGUAUUGCAAAGCAUUUUCAAACUUCGAUCGCAAUUGGAACAAACUCCAAUCAAACCACCAUCAAGUAAGAAAAGAACACUCAAGGAGUACUCCUUAGCGACAGGCAUUGCCGAUGAGAGAUUACAGAGCCAACGUUCAAACAUCCUAAACAAAUGGUCAACCAAGUUGCAAAACUCAUCAGGAAGUAGCGCAAUCAAUGCUGGGAAAUUCAAAACUAUCAACCAGUCAUUUGAACAACAAGUCAAGAACAAUUUGUCUGAUAUGGAUAGGUUAGUGAAAAGAACCAAAUUGAAUAGAAAACAGAUUAGCCCCCUUGGUUACACCGAGUCUCAAGAAACCAAUACGACCCCACCACUAGCAGAGUCGGAUAUCCCCGUGGAGACCACCCGCAAGACGAAAACGCAAGGACAAGAAAUUGAACAUAUUUUCGACGAUGAAGACUUUUACCGUGUCUUGCUCAAUGACUUAGUCGAUAGGAAAGUUCAAUCUUCGGAUCCAACUUCAAACACAAACAUCACCUUGGUCAAAUCUGCUCAAAAGGUCAACAAGUUGUCGAAUAAUGUCGAUACCAAGGCAUCUAAAGGUAGGAAAUUGAGAUUCCAUGUCCAAGACCAGAUUGCCAAUUUCGAAUCGUCCACCGGUGGCUGGAAAUGGAACGAUGACCAAAUAGACGAGUUUUUCGCUUCAUUGUUGGGUCAAAAAGUCAACAUGAAUGAAGAGGAGAACACCGAGGCUGAAGAUGGAGAUGAACAGGACUUGAUUGUGGACGACGGCUUACGACUCUUUGGACACGUUUAA